AUGGGCUCUAGGACCAAUUCGACCCAGCCACUCCCUCGCGCGAAAGCCACCUCUAAUUCCAAAUCACUUUCUACGGCUGGUCCACCUCAGAAGAAAACGAAACCAAAGAAGCCUUCGAAAACACCAAAGCUCAGAACCAAAUCCUCGAUAAUGGACAGAUUUUUAGUCAUUAUGCUUGCAAUAUUUUCAACUUAUGCUUUAUGGACAUGUCCCUCCGAUAUUCACCUUUCCAACCCGAUAUGUCGUUCUCUUUCCCAAUAUCGAACACACGUAUUGGACCCAUAUGUGCUUCCACCAGUGCAAAAGGCACUUUUACAUCCAUACAUUGCUCCAGCUGUCACCAAAUUCUACGCUGUAGAACACGCCGUGGCUCCUAUCGUUAUUCGCGCUCACGCUGUUGCCCAACCGUAUAUCACCAAAGCUACCCAGCUUACUCAGGCAACGGCGCUGACUGCUUAUGCUAAGCUUGUCACCCCAAUGUACAACAAGCAUAUCCAACCAUUGUAUCAGAAAUACGUUGAUCCUUUGUACAUGGGAUACGUUUAUCCUCGUCUGCAUCUCCUGCGAUCGCGUGUUUUAGACCCAUAUUUCAGACCGCUGAUGUUGAAGACUCAUCUGUAUGCGAACAAACUCUUCUGGACUCUGCAUCGAAUAUAUCUAGCCGCUGCACCUCGUAUUCACUCCGCCUACGUUCGUGCACGACCUUUGAUGGACCGGGCCUGGGAGGUCGCGAAACCUUAUGUUGUACAGUCGGUGGACACGGGCUUGAAGCUUUUCGGGCUGCUCCUGGAAAAAACCGCAGAGGCGAGGAGGCAAUUUGUGGACCCACAUGUGAUUAAGAUUUGGGAGAAAGUGGUCGAGCUGAGUGGCUCUAGUGGAACCACGACCAGUUCUACCGCUUUUUCCGUCCCGACCCCCGUUUCUGAAACGAAAGCAACUUCUGCAGAGGCUGAAGUAGAAACGGUUCAAUCCGGGUCUUCUUCCGUGCCUUCUGCCAGUAUCUCCACUUCGUUAUCAGUCCCUUUGGAGCUCUCAGAAGCAUCCCCAGUCCCUGAAGAGUCAUCCCUUCCCCUGGAAACAUUAACAUCGGAAGAUCCAACUCUUUCGUCAAUUAUUACGGAACUGGAAGCAAGUACAAUAAGCGAGAUCUUCUCUGCAUCUACGUCUUCUCUUACAUCAUCAGAACAUGAGAGCACUACUGCCUCCUACGAUUCCGCUUUGACGCCUGACAUCGCAAGCCCCGUUGAAAUGCUUUUAGCUGUUACUGAACCCGAGUCAGAAUUCGAGGUUCCAAUUGAAGCUGAACAGGGUACUUCUUGGGAAGAAAAUCUCGAUUCCGAAUAUGCUUCAUCGACUUCCGAAGAUGAUCUCGACAACUUCUUCGCUGACCUGGGUCUUCUAGAGAACGAAGAGAACGAAACGGGUGAUUCUACGGAAGCCUCCGUCGUCGAGACAGAGCAGGACACAGCUAUUAGUCCUGAAGAAUCGGCAGCAGCUCGUCGGGUUGCGACUGCCAAAAAGCGUGCAGAGCUUGAAGCACGGAUGGAGAAGUGGCAUGCUGAUCUCGACGGGUUGAUGAAACGUCGAACGAAGGAAUUUAGGAAAGAGCUGGUCCGCGUUCGAAAGGGCGCUGUGAGAUCCCUCUUCCCGGAUCCUGAAAAGGACAAUGGUGAUUUGGAAGAGGCUUUGACACAUAUUCGUGGCGAAGAUGUCGCUGGGAUUCUCGAACGUUUCGACAAAGAAAGCGAAAAGUUACUGAAAGGUCUUGAGAGCUAUUUGAAAAAGGAAGAGAAGCUUGUUUCUGAUUCCUCUAAUGUGGAUGUUGAUGAUCGUAUGAAACGCUGGUUCAAUGUAGUCAAGCGAGUCGAGGAGAGAUUCAUCGAGCGCAUCAAUGGACUACAGGAGAAAAUUCAUUGGUGGUACCUGGAAGUUCGUGAACUCGAGGUGCAAGAGUAUCAUCGCGCCACUAAAGAAGUCAAAAACUUUGCUCAAAAAGCUCAGGGGGACAUGGGUAUGCCUAUGGCAUGGCUCGACGAUGUCACAUAUCAGGACUGGCAAAAAUAUCAUGACUUGAUACGAGCCCACGAGCGCUUCGACGAACAAAUUCGUAUGAUUCAGAAUGGGACUCACCCAUCCCCACCAAUAGACCCACUUGUUCCUGCUCUUGACAAGCUUCAAUUGGAAUUGGAAGACGCAAAGAACGGCUUCGAUACACGAGUCAGGACAUUGAGUGCUCAGAUACACCAUGUCCUAUCUCCGCCGCAAAAAGAGGAGCAGGAAGGUGAGGCUUCGUCAGAAGAGCCUGUAUCGGGAGAAGGAGAGAAAUUCAGUAUCUUGCCCAUCGACCCAGUACCGACAUCUCCGGUCAUGGAUGGACAGGAGGAGCUUGAAGCGGCGAAUAUAAUUAUUGGCAAAAGCAAGGAACAGGUUGAAGAGGCUAUACGUAUUGCUCAGGAAUCUGUACACGAAGAGCUAUAG